AUGGACCCCAGCUUACGAGGAAGCCUUCAACUAUUUCAAGAAGAUUCUGUCGGAACCACCUAUUCUCGGGAAGCCGAAAGUAGGAGAGACCCUAUACCUUUAUCUAGCCGUAAAGGAGGAGGCCAUGGCAGCUGUCCUGAUUCGGGAAGAAGACAAAUUCCAGUAACCUGUGUACUUCAUCAGCAAGGUGCUCUAGGGGCGGAGCUUAGGUACACUAAGUUGGAAAAGCUAGCCUAUGCUUUAUUAAUCUCCUCUCAGAGGUUAAGACAAUACUUCCAAGGUCACCCAAUCAAGUUGAGAACUGACCAAGCCAUCCGCCAGAUCCUGCAGAAACCUAACCUAGCGGGCCGAUCAAGCAAUGGUCUUGGUAGAAGUAACUGGGAAUUCUUCCGAAAAUUCGAGCAUACAUGGAAGCUCCAUGUAGACAGAGCAUCCAACCAGGCGUCCGAGGGAGCCGAGAUCAUUUUGGAAAGUUCGGAAGGUGUGACCUACGAGCAGUCAAUUAAAUUCGAGUUUCCGGUCUCCAAUAAUCAGGCUGAGUACGAGGCCCUGAUAAGGGGAUUGACCUUAGCUAAAGAGGUUGGAACAACAAGGUUCGAAGUCAACAGCGACUCGCAGAUUAUAACUUUUCAAGUUAACGGAACUUACCAAGUUAGAGACCCUUUGCUGCAAAAACGAAAAAGAAGCCAAAGUCAUAAGAGCGAAUCUGCCAGGUAUGCAGUAAUACAGGGACAACUGUACAAAUGGGGACUCAACCAACCCCUGCUGAAGUGCCUACACCCCGACCAAACGGACUACGUUCUAAGCGAAGUCCAUGAGAGGUGUUGUGGCUAUCACAUCGGAGGGAAGACACUAGUAAGAAAGCUCGUGAGAGCCGGGUAUUAUUGGCCUUCUAUGAUGAUAGGUGCCCAAAAACUCGUGAGAAAAUGCAAGAAGUGUCAAGAGAAUGCGAACUUUCAUAAGGCUCCAGCGGAGGAGCUGAGUUCCAUGUUGGCCUCCCAACCCUUUUCCUGGUGGGGAGUUGACCUCUUGGGUCCAUUCCCAGUAUCCCCAAGGAAAUUAAAAUAUCUCAGAGUGGCCAUCGAUUACUACACCAAGUGGGUGGAAGCAGAGCCGUUAGUCAGCAUAUCAUCGGUAAAUUGUCGGAAGUUCUUGUGGAGGCAGGUGAUCUCCAGGUUUGGAAUCCCAAAGACCGUGAUCUUAGAUAAUGGGACACAGUUCGCUAACAAAAAGUUUUGA